AGGAAAUGAACUUGAGAGAAGGGGGAACACACACAGGGCAGAGAGGAGAGAAAGAGGGCGGGAGGGGAAGGCGCCAGCUGCAGCACCGGGCACCGCGAUGGUGGGAGGAUGGAAGAAGUGGCGGUGAAGCAGGGCUUCCUGUACCUUCAGCAGCAGCACGCUUUUGGAAAGAAAUGGCGCCGAUUCGGAGCUAUGCUGUAUGGACAGCCGGGCUCUGCCUUGGCGCGGCUGGAGCUCCACGAGGGCCAGGAGAAGCUGCGCCGGGGAGAAGGUGCCCGGAAGGUCAUCCACCUCAUUGACUGUCAGCGGGUGGCUGAGGCCGGCGGGGAGGCCAGCAGCCCCCGGGACACCAGCGCCUUCUUCCUGAAGAUCAAGGAGCACCAGUACCUGCUGGCAGCCCCCACUGCCGAGUGUGGCGACUGGAUGCAGUCCAUCCGCCGCCUGGCCUGCCUUGUGAGUCGUCCAGGGGUCCGGAGGAAGGAGCUGUCGAGCUCAGAGGGGAAGGGCAGCCAGCCCUGCAUGGAGGAGAAUGAACUCUACAGCAGCACAACCACAGUGGCCCCCUGCAAGGAGUUUGCUGUGACCGUGAGACCCACAGAAGCCAGUGAGAGGUGCCGGCUCCGAGGAUCCUAUACCCUCCGGACAGGAAAGAGUGCACUGGAGCUGUGGGGUGGCCCUGAGCCAGGUGCCCAGCUGUACUACUGGCCCUACAGGUUCCUGCGACGCUUUGGGCGCGACAAGGUUACCUUUUCCUUUGAGGCAGGCCGGCGCUGCAUCUCUGGAGAGGGCAACUUUGAGUUCGAAACCCGGCAAGGCAACGAGAUCUUUUUGGCCCUGGAAGAGGCCAUUGCUGCCCAGAAGAACUCGGCUCCUCCUGGGCCCCAAACCCAGCCAGCUCCAGUCCCCGCAGUGCUGCCCCGGCCAGAGAGCCCCUACUCCCGGCCCCAUGACUCACUGCCACCACCUUCCCCCACUGCCCCGGUGCCCACCCCCCGGCCGAGGGGCCCAGAGGGGGAAUACGCAGUGCCCUUUGAUACAGUGGCCCGUAACCUGGGGAAGAGCUUGAGGGGCAUGCUGGCAGUCCCUCGGCAACCCUCGGUCGACCCUCUGUAUGACAGCAUUGAGGACCACCCGCCCUCAAGACCUGACCCCAUAUAUGAUGAGCCCGAGGGAGUGGCCGUCCUGUCCUUGUAUGACAGCCCCCAGGUCCCCCAGUGUGACGCCUGGAGGAGGCAGGCCACAGAUGACCGGGACCCCAGCGGCCUCCUGCACAUCUACCCCGUGGGGCAGGACUUCCCUGCCUCUGGCUGGCCACAGGGAACCGAGUAUGACAAUGUUGUACUUAAGAAAAGCCCAAAGUGAUGGGCGGUAGGGGAGAGUGGCCCCCCAUGGAAUGCCAGCACUGAGGGGGGCCUGUGCACACCAGGAAGGGCUUGGGCCCUGGUGAGAAGGAGCCGGAGGAGGAAGACAGGCCUCCCCACUAGUUUCUGCUGGUGAUUCCUCCUGCUCACUACAUCCCAGGAACUUCACUCUGCUCCUUUUGGAACCUUAGGCUUGGCCUGCCUUAGUCUGGGUGGAGGAGUCGUCCCUCCUGGGAGCCUGCUUUGUGAGUCAUCAUCCCAAAGCAGGAAGAGGGCCCUGAAGAGACCCACCCUCCUCCUACUCCUUUCCCACUUCCUCUUCUUUCUUUCCUGGCCCUAAGGGAACCUCAGGCAUUUAGGGCAGGGGACAAAAGGAUGUCAGCAAAUCACCCCCUCUUCCUUGGCUCCUGCAGGCCUCCUGCCUUCUGAUGUCCCCUUCAGGGGACAGCCCUGACUCCAGGCACUGAGGAAGGUGGUUACAGCUUUCUGCAGGUUUUGAACUUCUCU